UAUCUUCUAUAAACUUGUGUAUCAUAAAUUCCUAAUACAUUGUUUGUGUAAUUAUGUUUAAUAUUGUUUGUAUAACUUACUAAUUAUGUUUACUAUUCUCAAAACUCUUAAUGUGUUGUUUGUUUAAACUUACUAAUUAUAUUUAUUAAUCUCAACCUUUGUAAUCAUUAGGAUAUCUAAAUUAAUGUUAAUUGAUGUUCUCACGAUUAGUAAUAUUCUGUACACUCAUUUAUCAAUUACUUUAUUGACAAAACUCACAACCUUUGUACGAUAUUAAGUAAUUAGAUCAUUACCUAAUGUUUUGUGUACUCAUUAAGCCUAAAGUCUCAGGACAUCAGGGUAUAAAAACCCCAAUCAUCCUGUGAUGCAGUUAGUUAUAAUUCUACAUCGACACAAGUCACAUCAUAAUUCUGUACUAAAUCUAAGUCUAAAUCUAAGUCUAAAUCCAAACAUUUGUAAUCAAGUUAAUAAGUGUAAAAUUCAAUAAAUCUUUUAUUUUUAAAAGUGUUUUCAAACUUACCGUAUAACAAAUUUGGCGCAGUCGGUAGGAUCGCGAGUAAACAAGAAGACAAAGUUAAAACGUGAAGACUUCACCACAAAAGGACAAGAAUCGCCGAAGAAGACUCACGGUAGCCGAAGGCUUUCAACACAACUUUGCCGAACCAUGCUCAAGAUCUGUAUGCUGUUAUUGUGGUAAGUGGCUAAUACUUUGCUCUCUGUUCUAAUCAAAAUCCCUAACUCUUUUCCAACCUCAUAAUAUUUCACCCGAUCAAUUAGAAACUAUUUCCAAUAUGUCGACCACAAAACAAGUAGUAGACACUAAAACCGCGGAAACAGUCCCACUCCAAACUCUAUUGCAACUAAUCCCAGAUUUCGAUACAAGUCAGGCAAGUCAGGUAUAUCGAUACAUUCGUUCCUGCGACUCUGCCUUCAAACUAUCUAGCAUCCCGCAACAGGAGAUACUGUUAAUAUAUGUCUUAAAUAAAAUAACAGGGCCUUACUCUUCAGACGUCCAUUCUAAGCAACAUGGAAACUGGUGUGAGUUAAAACAGUUCUUAAUUCAAAAGUUCUCACAAACUAAGACCCUCGCACACCUCCAUUUAGAAUUACAAUCGAUGUUCCAAAGAAACACCGAAACGGUAACCGAAUAUUUACAUAGGGUCGACCUGUGCCGUAACAAGAUCCUAGAAAAACUAACCGCGGAAGUCCUAGACAACUCAUUGCCAGACCGUAAAAUAACUACGGAGGAAACUGCCUUAAGCGUAUUCGUCAAUGGGCUUAAUUCUGACAUAGGGACUAUGCUUCGCACAAAAGAAUUUUCCAACCUGUCUGAUGCUGGCAACUUCGCCAUGCAAGAGGACAAAGUUAGAAAAAUGAACAGCGCUAGGCAGGCACUUCAUUCAGGUUAUAAACAACCAACAUUUAACAGACCGACAAUAAAUAAAACUCUUUCAAAUCAGCCUCAAAAAACAUGCAAUUAUUGCAAAAAGCCUGGGCAUGUCAUCUCCGAGUGUCGAAAACGAGCAUUUAACAACAGUCUUAGGACACCUCCGAAUCACAACAUUACACCUCAAAUAACACCCUCAAAUCAUAACACCAGGCCCAUCCAACGCAACAUUAACCAUUUAAACUCGCAAGCGGCCAUGGAAACGGGCAUCUACAUGGAAACCGCUUCAGCCAACUUCNCCCAGAGCCCGCUUCUCAGAUGCCCAGACACCGACAUCGACCCCGAGUUCUCAAGAAUUCUAGUGCACCCUACACCGCCACAUUCAACUUCCCAACCUACACCAAAAAGCGUUCCUAGUAACAAGCCGAAUCCAGUCCAUCGGGGACAGGCGCAAGCUAGGGAUACGAAUAUCACACACGUAGGGCUACACUCAGACCUUUCCCUCACGUCUUUAGACGGGGAGGAGGGCGAGACCCUCCGACGGGGGGCCCUCGCCGCGGCUUGCGCGGACGCCGUCGCCGCCUACGCCACUCUGGAAGGUUCUAGAGUGAGAGACUCCAUCGCGGCGCACGCCAGAAGGGCACUGGAGCGAGAGAGACAGAUCGAUGAGAAAAACGACAUCAUCGCGGAACUGUCUUCUAAGCUGUCCGUUGCCGAAGUGGAGCUCCGUGCUGCGGCUGAGGAGCGAGACAAGCUCCUCAAUGACGCCAACUACAACAGCCUCCAGAACGACGAGGCGGUCACGCGGGCCAGGCAGGAGCGCGACGAGGCCAUCGAGAGGAAGAAGGCUGCUGAGGUGGCCCUGGCGAAGACAAGAGUGGAGCUGAUGCAGGCCAACAGCCAGCUGUACGAGGCCGUGCGGCAGAAGGUCGACCUCGGCCAACAGUUGGAGCAGUGGCAGAUGGACAUGCAAGAGCUGAUCGACGAGCAGAUGAAGCACAAGCUGACGUCACAAGAGAAGCGGCGCAAGCUGCCGGAGCCGACGCCGCCGACGCGCACGUCGCGGCUCCUCGGAUUUUUUCAGCGGUGAUCUGUUGCGUCCCCCUCCUGGCCCGCCCCUCCCCCCACCACGACCCGGCCACUGUCAGCACAGCGAUCCUGUUUUUAAUUUUGUACAAAAGAGGUUAUAACAACGCCGUAGCGCCCGUCACGGCCGCCAUCUUGCUCCAGACCGACGCCGUCACCGCCGUAACGAGCGUCGGCCACGUCCUCAUUUUACUUUUCAAACCGUGUGAUGUGUACACCUUUGCAGUGAUAGCUAGUAUUUUAAUUAGAACGUUUAUUGUUAGUGUACGUGUAAUUCUUGGAUUCUUACUGUACUUAUGUAGCGACACUUUCUGAUGUUUUAUUGGGCAUUUUUUUGUGAAAUUAUACAACUUAUUGGUACACGUUCUUGGAUCGGUUAGGGCGGAUUUGGUACAACAGAUGUUAUGAUGGACUGAUACAGCCAAGAGUAUCUGAAGGUCCAGUAAUUUACAAUUUUAAAACGAAUUUAAAUAGCGAUACGAAUGAGAAACGAAAUAAUAUAAUUCAUACUUAGUUCUUUGCAGACACCAUAGUGUUAAUUACAUGGAAAAAUCAUUAACUUUUUCACUUAUCUAUAAUUGGUUUGAGUAAAAUAAAAAUCAUUAACAAUAACAGGAAAGAUGUUCAAAAUAACGAUUCCGCCAUUUUUAAAAACUCAGAAUGCCAAAAUGACAACUGCCUGCUUUUCUUUUUUUAAACAAGGAAUCACUAAUUAAUAUCUUUAUUAAUAACAUGCUGUUAUAAAAUAUACCAUCUCUGCUUCUAACCAAUCCAUUGCUUUUUGAAACUACUUUCUGUAAAUACACAAGUAUAAUAUAAGUAAAUGAGAUUAUACAUUAAUGUAUAGUUUAACGUCACUCUAAGUGAAAUGGUGCACUAUAGUUCUAGACUAGAUUAAAAAUAACAGAAGAAAGUUUUGAAUAGCCAUAUUAUUUACCAUAAAACGCGAAAUGAACAUGAUCUGCUACAAUUUUAGUACCUAAUACAUAAAUAAUGUUGUAGUAAUUGUAUUUUUCAAUAGAAUAAUUCAUAAUUUAAUCAAUUUUUUCGCAAUAUUUAAUGUCAAGUUUGUACUGUGCCUUAAUAGUACCUGGCCUUAAUCGUGCCUUUCGGAGUCAAUUGUACUUAAUUUUUAUUUAACUGAAUCAACAUUGAAAAUUGUUGCAUUUUUAAAGUAAAAUAUAAUGUAAUUAUUAGCUGGUAACAUUAUUUUUAUUAUGGAACUUAGUAGCAUAAUUGGAACCAUUAUACCUAGAAAAGUGCCUCUUAAACUAUUAUCUAUAUAUUUAGUAAAGACAUUCUUGUGGCAAUAACAUUUUGGCAAACACUAAAAUUUCAAAACUCUGCAAACCAAGACUACCCCCAACAUGAACCUUUCUCCAACAGAUUUUCAGCUUUAAGCCUUCAGUGCAAGGUUUGAAAUCAAUUGUCAUUUUUGGUAGGGUGGAAUGUUGCCACUUGAGAAAAAGAAUAUCCUUACUAAAACUCAAAGUACAGUUGAAAUAAAUAAAUAUAAUAAUUACUCGCCACAGUGCCUUCUUAUGUACUUAAUACAUUAUACAUUUGUUUUACUGGGUAAUACAAUAAAUUGUUUUGACAAGCCUUUGCCUUUGAGAUUUUUCUCAAAAUAGGAAGUAAAAGGCAUUCACAAUAGACGAAUUAAAUCGUCGACUGAUGAAUGUAAUAGAACGACUCCCUAAGACAAGAUACAAUGUAUUAUCAUACAACUAUCUACGAUCACUUCAAUUAAAAUAAGGGUAGCUUUAUAUGACCCGGCGAACUUCGUACCUAUGUUCAUCAGAAAUAAUUCAGGAUUUGAAUGGUGAAUUUUUGUUUCAUAUCGGUCCUGUAAUUUCGGAGCCUAUUCAUUAUAUAAAACAAUCAAAUCUUUCCUCUAAUAUUAGUGUAGACAUGUCUGGUCUUAGGGCAGAGGAUAGGUGGCGAAAUGGCUUGAUAAAUAUUUUUUAUUGUAAUGCUCAUAAUAUACAAAAUGUAUUAUGAUUUCACUUAUCUACCAGGGAAAUUUUAUUACUACUUAUUUUACACUUGUGCCUUAAUUUCUAACUGUUAAAGCUCAAUAUUGAAUAUUUACUAACAAUACUUACUAAUGUUCAUAUCUACAAUGGCAAUACUGCAAUAUUGUUAGUGUUACUACUUAAAUAAAUUAUACAAUUACCAUGGGAAAUAAAUACGGCACAGACAAAUUAAUUUCAUUAAUAAAAAUGUUUUAAUUCAUUUAAUUUUCCAAUAUUAUAUGUAUAAAUAUAAGAGAAAGACAUAUUUUUUAUUAAUUUAUUGUUAAGACUGAAACUAAUUAAAUUACUUAUUGAUUUUUUUAAAGUAUUAAUUCUACAGAUUUCUGCUGAGUUUCUUUCAAUUAUUGAAUUUAACAUGUUUGUUAAUUUAAUCAUAAUGUUUUAAGACAUAAAUAAUGUUUUAAAUACUUUGUCAAAAUAUAUUUUAAACAUUAACUAUAUUAUGCCUCAUCAAUAGAAUAUUAUGAAUAAUUUAAUAAAUGACAAUAGCAGAAUAUCAUUUUGUACUAAAAAAUAAUAAUUUACUAUUCUGUAAGCACAAAAGUGUAUGUUCUACGGCGAGUAUUCUUCUUAGUCAUUCCAUGUAUUAUCUGGGUUCUAUUAUAUUUUAAAAUAUAUUGCAUAUAAGUUAAUGCAUGUACCUUUUGUGUGUAUAUUUGCUAUGUACUUACAAAGUAUAAUAUUUGUCCACUCGCUAUUGCACUAAAUGUUUAAAACAGUCAUGGAAAUGAAAUGAAAUCAUGCUCAAAACUUAAUUAAAACUUGAGCAUAAACUCAACCAAUCAAUUGGUUUAAUUCAAAUAUUUAGAACAACCGCAGGAUAAAACAACCCUGAGUUUAGUUUUAUAAAUAGAGUAUCCUUUCAUAUGGAGCCUCUAUCUUAAUUUUUCACACUUUUGGUUAUUUAUUAACGAUAAUCUAAUGAUUAUAAAUUUUAUUAGGAAGGUAAGUACAUUUAAAACUAUGUACCUAU